AUGUCUUCACCUCAAGUCGCUGAGGACAUCCAUUACCGUGAGGACACUGAUGGUAUUAACGGGUGCGUUGAGAGUCGGCCAAAAAUCCCAGAGCGCAAUGGACAUAGCUCUUCGGUGACGCCAAUUCCUCAAUCCAAAGAGGUGAUGGGAUACCACGAAGCAUUUCGAUUUGGAGGACAUCUCCUUGCAAACAAUGUGGCUCGAGUGGUGGAACAAAAUCCUGGCUUGGGUAGAAGCAUUCUGGACGGCUUCGGUGUCAACAUGGCCACUACUUCCCUCGGGUAUCGCGAAUGGGCCUUGAUCUCGAUCGCCACCCUGACUGCUAUGGGUGACACCAGCGAUCAAUUGAAUGUGUACGUUGAAGGGGCACUAAACCAUGGUGCCACAGUCGAGGAGAUUCUCGACGUAUUCAAGCACGCCAACGCCUUUGUCGGCGCUCCACGAGCGGUCAAUGCCGUACGGAGGACUUGGGAUCAGUUGUCUCAGUCAGGCCCGCGUAACCCAGACGGGUAUACGGAGAAACUAAUUCGGCUCGGUGACCAUGAGACACUUGUUCGAGACACCGGGGCGCCAGGAAUCCCAAUUAUCCUCAUUCAUGCUUUAAGUAUGGAUGGCAGAAUGUGGCGGGAAGUCCUCCCUCUUGUUGCUGCUUCUGGUACUCGCGUCAUCGCUUAUGAUCUUCGCGGUCACGGUUAUGCCCGGGGGGCACCACUCACUCCAAGUCUUGAGCAUCUCUGCUCGGAUUUAGAACUGCUUCUCAACACACUGAACAUAACAUCUGCGGACAUCUACGGUGCUUCAUACGGCGGAGCUGUGGCGCAAUAUUUCGCUCUUGACUAUCCAAGUCGGACACGCUCGCUGGCGGUUCUCGCAACAGCGGGCAAAGCGCCACCCGUCCUGGCAACGAGAGCUACACGUGCGGAGCAGAAUGGCAUGGACUCUUUGGUCGCAGAGUCUAUCAUUCGGUGGUUCCUGCCCGAAACUAUCGCCGAGAAUACAUGGUGUGUGCGGUACGCGAGAGGCUGUGUCCGUCGAGCAAGAGUCGAGGAUUGGGCCGCCGCCUGGAGAGCCAUGUCCCGGCUGGAUUGCUUGGAUAGACUGCAGGAACUGAAAAUUCCCGUGUUGUCACUCUCCGGGAAGCAGGAUUUGUCGUCGACUCCGCCAAUGAUGCAGGCGAUCGUGGAUGCCUGCAAGAAUACUACCGCCGAGUUUCAAAGCAUUGAUCCGGGGACGCACAUGAUGGUUAUGGAGAUGCCAGGCCCUGUUGCUGAAAAAUUGUCAGCGUUUCGGAAGAAAGUUGACGGUUUCGGUAUUGACUAA